AUGAGUAUACCAUAUGUCACGUUGCAAACUGCGAGCGAGUCGAGGAUGUGGCCGAGACUGCCCGCCAGAAUCAACCGAAUAUCCUUUUCUGUGCCUCGGUGUGCACUCCUGCAGAGGCUGAACAGAUCCAAGCGAUAG